AUGAGCAUUCAACAACAAGCCUUGCUUGUAGAGGCUGUCGGGAAGGCUUCAAAACUUCUACCACCAUCAACAAUAUCAAAUCAACAAGCCUCCGAUCGUAGGAAGAGUCCUCACAAAGUAGUGGAUCCAUUCUCUGAUUAUCAAGAUAAUUCCGAAUUAAUUGAUGAAGAUGCUAAUCAAGAAUAUGAAAAAUUGGCAAAACAAUUGAAUAAUGCUGUGGUGUUUAUGGACAGUGUGAGUGCUGAAUGCUUUUCGUGGAAUCAGUUCGGAGAGGAUCAAUCACUCACAUCUAAUCAUUUGUUAAAGCUUGGAGUUUUGACAAUAUUGGAUCUAACAUCGGAUCAAGAUUGGCCAUCAAUUGAUAAACUUAAGGAUUUGAAAGAAAUGAAUUUGAGUUGGAACAAUUAUGUAUCGAAUAAUGACAAUACAGAAAAUUCAACAAAUAAUCUAAAUAUUAAGGAAUCAAUUGAUAGCGAGGAAGAAGAUGAUGAAUUUGAAAAAUUCUACAGUGACGAAGAGGAUGAAGCACCAACUGUAAAUACUAAAAAGUCAACAGCACCAGAGAGCUCUGAAAAAAUUGAACAUUUCAUUGUUCAAUCAGAUAUGAUUACCCCUCAAAUGCAAGACACACCUAAUGUACAAAAAGCAGUCUUUUUUGUUUGCCAUUUGACAAAAACAUUGGAGCAAGCUGUUAGAAAGAGUGUGGAAAAGUACAAAUUCACCCAUAUUUAUUUCUACUGCCCAUUUAGUGAGGGAUUUUGUGAGUAUUAUCAGUCUAAGGUUUUGGAAGGUAUUGAAUUGGAUGAGAAUUAUGUUCCUUCUGUCGGCUAUUUCAAAGAAUAUUUAACCUAUUCAGAUCUCAUUGAAAAAUGUAGACUGAUAAUAUUUGAAACUCAAUAUAACCUUCACAAAAAGGAAAAUUCCUCUAAAAAAUUUGAAAAUGAAAUUAACAACUCAAUUCAUGUAGAGGUCAAUCAUUACUCAUUCAACAUUUCAGCAAUCAUGCCAAACAUUUUUGUUACUCCAACAUGUCAUGGUGUAUUUCCAAUUUUAAGUCUUGCACAAAGGUCUCCAGCAGUAUCGUCUCCAAUCAAAUCAUCCAGCUUACUAUCUGGAUUUACUAUUGGAAGCCCUCAGAAAGAAAAGAAAUCAGAGGUUUUAAUGGCCUUUGAUGAAUUGCCAACACCCUUCCAACUUCAAUUCAAAAUGCUGGCAGCAACCUUGAGAGAUUUAUUGAAGAAUAUGAGAAUGAGUGUUGACGUAUACUCUCUGGGUCAAUCUUCCAAUCUCAUUGCUCAAGAUCUUCAAAAUUUGAUUAGGGAGGAAUCUUUCCGUACUACUAAUUCUUGUACUUUGGUUCUUGUUGAUAGAUCACUUGAUUUAGUAUCUCCAAUGGUACAUUCGGAAAGUAUAUUAGAUAAGGUUCUGAAUACUACAGAAAGAAAAACAGGUCUAUCCACAAAUGUAAGAUUUGAUGGAAUGACUUUAAACUCAUCUUCAUCUGAAUUAAGAAAAUUAAACAUGUCUGGUCUACUCCACCAUGGAAAUGAAAAGAUUAUCAACCUUAUGAACUCAAUAAUUGAAAAGAAGAAUUCGGAAUCUAUCGGAGAGAUGAAAGUAGUUUUAGACAAGUUACAAAACUUGACCACAAAGAAAGGUGAGCUCUCCUUCGAAAAAACCACACAAAGUUUGAAAAAUUUAUUGAAAGACCUGGCAUUAUCAACACUGUCAGAUAAUUGUGACGUUAUACAAUUUUUAUCCACAAUUAUUCAUGCCUUAGAACUCACACAAAGUAAUACAAAGAGGGCAGAGUUAGCUAGUGCUGAAAAAUUGAUUCUCUACGAGUGCGACAAUAACCAAGAUGAGUUAUUGACCUAUAUUAUUAAUAUUUUAAAGAAGGAUGGUUCCAAAUUCUCAUUACAGGAUGUAUUACGUUUAGUCGUGAUGAUAUAUUCUGUGGUAACACCUGAUUGUUCCUUCAAAAUGGAAAGAGACCUCAAAAAAUUGCUCGCUAAACAUAUUGUCGAUAAUUACAAACAAUCCUCAUGCAUAUCAUUUAUUGAAAGUAUUCUCUCUGAUGAAACAUUGGAUCAAUUGCAAAAUCCAACAGAGGAAGAGGAGGCAUCACCUGUUGAAGAGGAGGAGGAAGAGGAGGCAGAUUGGGACAAUUGGAAUGAAGAUUUUGAUGACGACAAACCAAAAAAGAAAUUCGACAUUAAGGAAAAUAUCCAAAAUCUUGUAGAGGAAGAUUUAUCCAUAAUUUUCAAAUGUUUGAAUGCAGUCAAAAGACAACGUCAAUACUUCCAAAUACUCAACAAAUUGGCUGCUAAUGAUCAUGUAUUUAUAUUCGAAAAUGAGAGUGGUAACUUGGGAAAUACUGAAACACCUUUCAGGUCUCUGUGCAAACAAUUGGCCUAUGUAUUAGGUGAAACUGAACCAUGCCCAGAUCUUGUACAUAAUGCCUCACUUUUGAGCACUAUUUCCAACACAUUCGGAUUCAUGUUCCAAUCCAAAUCGAAGCCAAUUAAGAAUGAAUCUUCCACUAUGAUACUUUUCAUUGUUGGUGGCAUUACCUUUGGAGAAAUUACCGACAUUAAACAAAUGAUCAAUAACAACCUCAGAGAAAAAGGGCAACACUCACCAUACUUUGGUAAGAAGAUUAUUCUCGGUUCCACUUGCAUUACCUCUGCAGAAAUUAUUCUCAACCAUCUCUUCUCUCAUUAGAAAUUUUGAACAAUAAAUUUAUGCUAAAAUUUG